GUCUAUCAGAAGACCUGCGAGACACGUUUUGCCUUUUUAAAACCAUGGACCGCCUUGAUGAUUGCUUUGAUACGGGAUUUGAAUAUCAGACAUAUCCGGAUUUCGGGUGUCAUUUACCCGCUUGUGUGUAUGCCAGCAGCCCCGAUAAUGAGACCCUUUACAGCCCUUCUUUUGAGUGUUGUGACGAUCGGACACAAUUGGAAUUUAUUUCUAAAGAGCAACCAUCCUGCCAGAGUGAACAGAUUUAUGGAAAAUCAGGUUUAGUGGAUCCAGUUUUAGCCCACGGAGAGACGCACUUUCAGUUUCCCUGGAUGAAGAAUUCAAGAACAAAUUAUGGAAUAAAAUCCCAGUGCCUAGGGAGCGAUCACCAAAGUGACCCGGAUGACAGCAAGAGAAGCCGCACAGCGUACAGCCGAGCGCAGCUGCUCGAACUGGAGAAGGAGUUUCUCUUCAACAAGUACAUUUCUCGGCCAAGGAGGAUUGAAUUGGCAGCUAUACUGAAUCUUACAGAGAGGCACGUUAAGAUCUGGUUCCAGAACAGACGCAUGAAGUGGAAAAAGGAAGCUAAGGGAGUCAAUAAGGUGACUCGGGAGAGAUGUACCAAUACCGUUUCUAAAAAAGAGUCAUCUGGAAACGAUUCCGUUUGGUCUCCUCUGCACAAACCACAUGAGGUGGCAUAACGAACGGCACAUCGCCACAGAAAUGAGUGGACAUCUUGAUACAUGCUAAAGAACCGACACAGACUUAAUUUCUGAGGCUAGUCAAGUCUGAAAAUUAUACUUUUCCCCAUGGAAAAUAUCUCACUAGAUAAUUUUGUACUUAUUAGCGUUUAACAAACGCAAGCUCAUUAA